UCACAGGCUGUGCUCAGAAAGUGAGUAAUUAAUGAUUUUGCAUACUCAUUAUCGUGCAUAUUCCUCCUGCGCGCCGGGCGCGCAUGCCACGGAGGAAUAAUUACCGAAAAACCAUAUCCCCGUAGACUUUAAUGCAAAAUUCAAUUUGCUCGUGCUUAUGUACUUGACUUUUCAACUUUUUUGUCCACGUUUUUCUCUUGCACCACUCAACCAAUUCAACCGGAUAAGACGGUUGACUAUGUUUACUUUAGCGUGAAAUUUACUCGCUCGCUCAUCAUUGUUAGGUUAGGCGCGGAGCGCCUCAAUCAACAGACGUAGUUAUACAAAUACACAUAUAUAAUCAAGGAAACAAUCAAGCGACUGUUGUUAGACCCAUUUGCGACGAUCCUUUUCUAUUAGUAUACAAUUUGCAGGUCAUAUUCAAUAGUCUGCACACGACAUACGAUAUAUGAUAUACCAAAGAGUAGGGACACGACCUCUUUGUCCAAUAUAGGAAACACGACACAAUCCUUAGGUCAAAUGAUCCCUCUGCUUUACAUAAUAUUAUCCACUGUUUUGAAUUCUUAUCCACGAAGCAAAUGGAUUGUCAUAUCGCAUAGUUUCUAUAACGAUAUUCUGCAGCGACUAAUCAAAAGGGUCGAAAGUGACAGACCAGUGCGUAACAAAUUCCUAUAUAUGCUGAACAAAUGUACAUGAAUUAAAAGAAUAAUAUUAUAUAAAGCAAAAUGGAGUGGCAAGGAGUAUUAAGAGUUCUUAGAUUGCUCGGAAAAAUAGACAAUAAGUCACAAGAAAAUAAAAUAAAACGCGAAGAUGAAUUGAUGAUACAACUAUUGGGUGAUGAAAGCAUAAAAAAAAUUUUAUGCUCAUGGUUGGAAAAACUUAAUAGCGAAAGAGAUGUUAAGAGUAUUGAAAAAGCAGAAGAAUUUAAGAAAAACGGAAAUAAACACUUUCAAAUGAAACAAUAUAAUGAAAGUAUACAAAUGUAUACAAAAAGUGCACUAUAUGCUCCUGCAGAUAGUCCUAAUUUGUCAAUUGCCUUUGCAAACAGAUCUGCUUCUUUAUUUUAUCUAAAUAGGUAUAAUGAUUGUAUAAAGGAUAUUGCAUUAGCAGUUUCGUUAAAUUAUCCUAAACAGUUAUGUCAUAAAAUAUAUUUACGUGAAUUACAUUGUUACUUGAAAUUGGGCAAAAAGCAAUUGGCAAAAGAAACAGUUCUUAAAAUACAAAAAAUGGUUCAUGAUCCUACCUAUGAAAUUACGCCUGCAAUGAAAGAAAGUAUUGACAAAAAUAUUUCUGAAAUAACAUUUUCUGACUCAACCAUUCAAUCUGAAGAACAAUAUACUUGUGAUUUGUCGAAAGUAAAAUCUCAAAUUAUAUUUGAAGAAAAUAAAAAUUUUCCAAAUGCAUCUGCAAGCAUAGAUAUAAAAUACAAUGAAGAAGUAGGAAGGCACGUUGUAGCAAAUAAAUUUAUCAAUAAAGGUGAAAUCCUUUUUGUGGAAAAGCCUAUAAGUAUUGUACUAAUACCUAAUGAAUCAAUAAGUGAUCGUUGUCAUAACUGCAAUUGUUUCAUUGGGGAUAUUCCCAUUCCAUGUAAAACAUGUUUAUAUACCUAUUGUGGUGAAAAAUGCUUAAAUGAGGCAUGGUCAUUGUACCAUUGUUGGGAAUGUCCAGGAAGCCAAAUGCGUCUUUGGGGACAAGUAGGAAUAACACAUUUAGCAUCAAAAGUUCUAUUUAAUUGUUCAACUAUGUCAGACAAGAUCAGAUUUAAUCAACUACAAAAUCUAGUUAGUCAUUUUGAUAAAAUUCCUGAUGCUGAUUUAAGGGUGAAUGGAAUUGCAGCUAUGAUGCUUACUAUUUAUUUGUCAGAAUAUACUAAUUUUUUUGAAACAACUAAUCUUGAGAAUUGUUUAAUUAGUAAAUUUUCUGAUAAUGCAUUUAACUCAAAUUUUAAUAUAUCGACAAAAAUUGGCAAACAUCUGUACGUUAGUUCUUUAUUAUUGCGAUAUAUCCAUCAACUCACAGUUAAUGCAGCAGGAAUUAUACAUUCAAACGUAAUCGAAGACGAUGUGCAAAUAAACAUCGUGGCUACAGGAAUUUACCCUUCUGCCAGUAUGAUGAACCAUUCAUGUAAUCCUAAUAUUAUUAAAAUUUAUAUGGAUCAAUAUUUGAUCGUCAGAGCUGUGGAAGAUAUUUUUCCAACUGAAGAAAUUUUUAAUUCUUAUGUGGCAACUUAUAGGUACAAAAAAACAAAAGCCAGACAAAAACUAUUGGAAUUGUAUUAUUUUAGUUGUAAGUGUGAGGCUUGUACUGUACCAGAACUAAAAUAUUUUGUGGAAACUUGUAAUGCCAAAAAGUGUUUAAAAUGUAAUGGUGCACUGUGUCAAAUGCAGCAUAAUGUAUUCUGUAUAAGUUGUGGUGACACAUCACAACAUUAUGAGAAAACUAAAGUAAUACAAGCCAAACAGCUAUAUAAAAAAGCACAAAAUUCAAUAAGUUCAGGAGAAUCACUAACAGCAUUAUUCCAAAUAGAGGAAUGUUUACGUAUCAGAAAAACAGUGUUGUAUGAAUAUAAUCAGAAAAUCUUAGAUUGUUGGGCUUUAAAGAGAAAUGUACUUUUUAGAAGAGGUCAAAUGUUGGAUGUCAUAAUACAUACAGAUCUUUUAAUUAGUAUACUCAAGGAAAGAUAUGAGUAUAAUAGUUUAGAAGUUCUUAAUGUACUUAAUACUUGUAUAAACUAUUGUCUGUACUAUUUACAAAAAAUACUUCAGUUAAAUACUGUACCGCAGUGCAGAGAUGUACUAGAUGGAACUGAAAGACAUUUAAAUAUGCUGGAAGAGAUUGCAAAUUUCAUGUAUGGUAGUUGGAGUAAAUUUUAUGAGGAUAUAAAAAGAAACAAAGAAAUGUUGCGUGUUAUCCGAAGUAAACUAUUAUUAAAAUGUAAUUUUAAUAUUUAAAAUUUGCACAUAUUGUAUAUUGUACUUAUUUCGUAUGUGUGACAAUUCAUAUUAUGUUGUUUAAAAAACGCUUGUAUUUUUAUAUCAAAUAAAAGUUUCUUUAA